AGUGUGCUGAGAGGAGUGGCUCCGAGCUCCGUUUUAUUAAAGAGAUCCUGUAACGUCUGAACGUUUGAGGGUUUCUGCAGACAUGGAGCUUCUACCACUUCUGAUUCUGAGCUUCUGUUUCCCGAAUUUGUCCGGACUGACGUUUGGUGCUGAAUCCGGGACACCUGUGACCAGAGUGACGGUGAAAGAAGAUGAUGGUGUCAUUUUACCCUGCUCCCUCAGCACCAAUGAGAACAUUGAGUCAAUGCUGUUUGACUGGAAGAAAGAAGGAACAGUUCCACAAAAGAAUGUGUUCCUGUAUGAUGAUGGCAAAUAUUACAAUAAUGGCCUCUUAGGUCAAGAUGAGGAGUUCAAAGAUCGAGUCUCACAUUUUCCAGAAGAGUUAAAGCAUGGCAACGCGUCUAUAAGAAUAAAAAAAACUAGGCUGGAAGACAACGGAACCUAUUUAUGUAAAUUUCCAAACCUGAAGCCAGAAAUCAGAACAUUCCACAUUCAGCUUGUUGUUGGUGUGAGUGGGCUCUAUGUAGGAGGUACAGGAUGGCAUCCUCCACUCCAACAUCCGCCUUGUAUGCGAACUGUAGUGGGUCCUGAGCAUGUUGUACCUGUGGUCGGAGGAGGUUGAG